CACGCGGGUUACGCGCCAGGCGACGCGGUGGUGGAGGCGCUAGCUACAUCAAAACACCAACCUUUUGUGGUUCAAAGAAUGACCAUUUCUGCCACCUCCAUUUGCAAAUCCUUUCUUUUCCAGCGAUGACCUAAGUUGUCACCGCGAGACUCCCGGGAGCGAGCGCAGCGUCACGUGACGCGAAGGCGGAAGCUGUCAGAGUAAAAAGAGAAACGAGCUUUUUUUUUGUUUUAAGUAGCACAAACGGCUGUAUUUUGGUAAAGAUACUAAUUUAGCUAUUUAGCUGUUAACUCCACAACAGGCGUAUUAGUGCACGGUGAGUCAUGUCUUCAAGCCACACAAAGGACUCCAGCUUUUUGGGAGGCAGGAUACCAGCGGAAAUCGAGUCACUGUCGAAAAACCUGAAGGAUGUGGACCAAGAGACGUUCAGAAAGAUACUGAAAGCUGUGGUCAGCGGCCUGGAGGGGAAGGACUGCAGGGUGGCGAUGAGGUCGAUCGCGGAGAGCAGCCCGGUCCCCCAGGAGAGACUCAGUCAUGUGGUCGCUGGGACGUACAGGGUGCUGUCUGAGGCCAUCCGCUUGCCCACGGCGUCCCUGAAGCAGGAGGCCUUCAGAGAAGAUCUUAGAGAACUGAGGAUACCUGAAGACUUCAUCACAGAUUUCUCCAGUGUGGUUUUUGGCAACAGACGUGCAGCUCUAGACGCAGCGACCUCCCGGAACGACCCACACCUCACCACGGUAGAAGACUUUAAAUGGAGGGUGGAUGUCGCCAUUUCCACAAGCUCUUUAGCCAGGGCCCUGCAGCCUUCUGUCCUGAUGCAGAUGAAACUAUCGGAUGGGAGCUUUCACCGCUUCGAGGUCCCGGUGUCCAAAUUCCAGGAGCUCCGGUACAACGUGGCUCUGAUUCUCAAAGAGAUGAACGAUCUGGAGAAGAGGAACAUCCUCAAAAUCCAAGACUGAUUUACCACGUUGGCCUGUUGGUUCAUCCGAUGAUUAAUCUGACCGCCAUGUUGUUCUGAUUCGACGGCGUUGGCGUCCAACGGUCUUAACUGCUGACACGUGCAUAAUGGUAGAAACAGGUAUCCAGCUGGCUGCGCCACAGGAGCUACUAACGAUGACUAAACUGAGGGCAAAAGAGACCAGGGCUUGUUGCCUUUUAUUUAAAAAGUAAUCUAUAAGUUCACUCUUUCCCUUGCCUUGCAGUAAAGUGUACAUAUUAUCCCAUUGAAUGGUUGUUGGGAGAUUUGAGCCGGUUGCAAAGCCUCCACGGUGCCAAAAUACAAACGCAGUCAAGUGAGCACUCAGACACUCUCUUACUAAGGAGCCACUUUCUCUGGUGUCAUGUGACUCUGCACAUUUUGUCCACAUUCUUCUGAAACAUGAGGAUUCACAAAAAAGUCUCUGAAUAAACCUUUUUUCUACUCAUGUAUAGCACUGGGAGAACAAACAUGUUUACUCGUCUCUUGGGUUGUAGCACUAUUGAAUAUGAAGAAAAGUGGUUCCCAUGGUUAUUUUGUAUGUUUGCCGUAAUGACAUCAAGACUUGUUGCCUCUCGAUGAAACGUUUCUCUAAUAAAAUCUGUCCAUUCCUGCACAA